UUCCCUCCGCCAUCGUUCUCUCUUCAUCCAUCUGCAAGUAAACGACGAAUGAGAGGAGAAACCGAAGUCUUCUAAGACGACCGAAUUGUUCGCUAAUUAAAAGAAAGGAAAGAAAAACGUGAAACGCUUCCCCGAUCCAGAACCUAGUUUUCUUCUCUUCCCCAAUUCCCACUCUUCCUCUUCGAUCGCGAGUUCUUGAGGGCUUGGAUUGAGAUCGAUUGCAUUCUUGGAUCGCUGGUGAUGUCGGCAACGAGGUAUUUGAAUCCGAUUGGGGGCGCGACCAUCGACUCGGCUCCCCUCCUCGGCCCCCGCCGCGACGGUGGCGGGGACGACCGCGGGCCGCGAAACGGGCGGCGGCCGAGCCUGCGGGGGGCGGCGCGGUUCUUUCAGCGGGCUAGCAGCCGGCGUACGAUGCGGGAGCCAUCGAUGCUUGUGCGGGAGGCGGCGGCCGAGCAGCUGGAGGAGCGGCAGAGCGACUGGGCCUACUCGAGGCCGGUCGUCUUUCUUGACGUCCUCUGGAACCUGGCGUUCGUGGCAGCGGCGGUGGCGGUUUUGAUCUUGAGCUGGGAGGAGAGGCCGUCGACGCCCCUGAGGCUGUGGAUCGGGGGGUAUGCGCUGCAGUGCGUGCUGCAUAUGGUUUGCGUGCGCAUUGAGUACCGGCGGAGGCAUCCGCCGCAGGGGGCGGAGGGGUCGGAGGAUGGCGGCAGUGGGAGCCGAGGGAGCUCGGGGCCGAGCUCUCCCAGGGAGGUGGUGGAAGGCGGUGGUUAUGAUGCUGAGCAGGAGCAGGACGAGGAGGGGACCAGUAUUGCAAAACAUCUGGAGUCUGCAAACACCAUGUUUUCAUUCAUUUGGUGGAUUAUUGGAUUCUAUUGGGUAUCUGCUGGAGGCCAAGCCUUGACACAUGAUGCACCACAACUUUACUGGCUUUGCAUUGUUUUUCUGGCAUUUGAUGUGUUCUUUGUUGUUUUUUGUGUUGCUCUCGCGUGUGUUAUUGGUGUUGCUGUUUGCUGCUGCCUACCAUGCAUCAUUGCAAUUUUAUAUGCUGUUGCAGAUCAGCAGGAAGGAGCAUCCGACGUAGUCAUCUGCCAACUUCCAAAAUACAAAUUCCGAAGAAUUGGUGAUUCUGAAAAACUUGGUGGCGACAUAUCAAGGCCAUCUGGUGGAAUAAUGACAGAGUCUGGCAGUGAUCAACCCAUCGAGCAUGUUCUUUCAGCGGAAGAUGCGGAGUGCUGCAUCUGCCUCUCUUCCUAUGAUGACGGGGUGGAGCUGCGGGAGCUUCCUUGCAGCCACCAUUUCCACUGCACCUGCAUAGAUAAAUGGCUUCGAAUCAGUGCAACCUGUCCCCUGUGCAAGUUUAAUGUUAUAAAGAGAAGCGACGAUGGAAUUGAGGAGGUGUAGAAGGUGCUUCUGGAUCUCCAGCUUCCAUCAACUUGUUCAAGUACUCCUGAAAUGCUGUAAUUGCCCAUUCAGAAAAUGAACGCCAUCCAUAUUAUUAUUUGCAUGAAAUGUCUGUAAUAGUCACUUGGGGAAGUGGAAAUGCAAUUUUAAGCUUGUAGUUCUCUGUCAAAUAAUAUGCUUUUUCCGACAUGCACACUUUGUUGAGAAG